AGCAAACCGCGUAGAUGACACCAACGGUCAAACGUCUACCGCGUUCAAAUUACCCGCGCGCGCCUCUCGCGGACAACUCCCGGCGCGCUACACGGAGUAGAGCGAAAGCCAUCUAUCUCACUCUAACGUUAGGAGUAGUAAUGUCGUCCCGCUCCCGCGCAACAGCAUGGCGGCGGGUUCUGUCUUGUCGGUCGACACACUCUAUCGCGCUCUCGAUAAACUUGUUAAAAUAAUUAAUGUAAAACUGUAGAUUAACUGAUUAUUGGGCUUAAAUCUCUAAAUUGUGUGUAAAGUAACCUGUGAGUGUACGGAUUGUUGUGUUAGUGGUCAAAUAGACUGAUUCUAAACCUACACGUCUCUGUUAUUUCAUCAAUCCCUGAGAAACCCUCUCAUAUAUGGCGCAUCCAACGUGAAAUAAUAACUAGUUCGUUCGAAAGUGUAGUUGAAAGUACAUUUCUUUAGUGAGUGUGUCGAUAUGCCGCCGAAAACGAAAAAAGCGGCUAGUACAGAGCCCAGCACCGACGACAAGCAAAAUGGCGGUGUUGGUGAGAUCUGCGAAGAAAGCGCGGUGACUACGGCAAUGGCCGAUAUGACUAUGUUUUCGACUCAAAACGUGCAAAACAUCAUAGAGACGCUACAGCGAUCGCAGACCGAAGCUCUGAAAGAAUUAUUACAAUCAGUAUCGUCACGUACUACGUCGUGUACAGCUCAAGGUCAAGGAACGUUAACGGGCUGCAAGACUACGUUCUCUGGUCAGCCGCAGGAGUCAGUGGAAGCAUUUAUUGACGCAGUAGACGCCUACAGUGAAUGCGCACAGGUUUCUGAUACAAAUGUCCUGCGCGGUCUGGCAUACCUUCUAAAAGAAAACGCGGCGACUUGGUGGCAGGGCGUGAAGCAGCAAAUUACGUCAUGGCAGCAGGCUAAAGAGAACCUUAUAAGUGCCUACGGCGAUCGCCGCCCGCCCCAUCGCAUAUACAUAGAAAUAUUUUCAUCGCCACAGCAAACGGAAAACACGGACGUGUUUGUGGCGCGAAUACGUUCCCUUUUCGCGCGGCUUCCCGAGGGAGAUAUUUCCGAAAAGGCGCAACUCGACAUGACUUAUGGACUCCUGAGCAGCAGGAUAAGGAAGAGGCUACGGAGGGAGGACGUCGCAAGCUUUAAAGAGCUACUCCGCCGUGCACGAAGCGUGGAGGAUUCCUUCGACGAGGGGGAGAGGAAACAAACACCGCCGCAGGCUGCAAACCGCGCGGUGACCUCGAACCAACGCGCGCCUCCUGCUUCGACAACCACGGCGUGUACGGGUACAUCGCACGCCAGCGGCGCGCCAGCCGCGACCGCGCCGCAAUCGUCCGCGCUCGCGCAACCGCGCACGCCGCCGACGCCGACUCAACCGGCGGUCGCGCAAGGUCCCGGCACCGGUAUCACCACCACCGUCGCUGACGCGUCUGUGAAGAAGCAGCGACCCGUUUGUGCGUACUGCCGAAGGUUCGGACACUCCAAAGACCAGUGCCGUAAGCUUAUGAACUCAGGUGAGUCCACGUCUAAUAAUAACACUGCAAAUAGUGCAAAUGUGCGACCUAUAAGUGAAACAAGUGAUAUUAGCUUUUAUAGUGUCGAUUUCAACUCGUGCAAUGUCGAUUCUAAAAAUAGAACACAAAAUACCUAUUUUUCUAUGGGUGACACAUGCAGCAAUUUGAGCCUUAUUCCGCAUAGUAAUAAAGUCGAAAAUGGCACUACUCAUCAUUGUUAUGAAUACGAUGUACCUCGUAGUAAUAUGAUUCCUGCAUGUACCACCACAGCUACUACAGGCGAGAAAUGUUUGCAUUCUUUUGUACCUAAAGCCGUUAAAAAUAUUACGUGUGCUACCAAUUCUUUGCAAACGACUAACCCUCAUUCAUGUAACGAACAAUUUCGCUGCCGCGGACCGCUUAGUUCUAUUACAGUUCCGACGUGUUCUAGUAAUUAUUCAGUAAUUUCAAGCGAAGACGCGCGAAAAUGUUCGAUGACGGAUAGUCGUGAACAAAACGAGCUUUAUUUAACAAACGGUCGUAACUCAAUUUUGUGCGUAAAUAAUAAUAAUCGUCCCUGUAAUAAUAAUGAAUACUCACCGUUUGCGUCAAAGUGUAUUAACCCUUCAAAUAGCGGGGAUGUUACGGAAGUAGACACGUUUUUUGGCGCGGACUGUGGUAAGAUUUCCGACGAUGAGUUGAUAUACCUGUAUAUGACUUACGUUGAUGGGGAUUGCGAGACGGUGGGUCGAACGACAAGACCGAUUUUUAAUAUAGAGAUUUUAGGCGUGAAGGGCACUGGUUUGGUAGACACGGGUGCAAAGCGGUGCGUCGCGGGCCACACGCUCUAUGCUAUACUCUUGCGUCGAAACCACCUGCUCCGCACGAUAACGCGCAACAUUAAGCUGGCCGAUGGGGUGUCGCGUGCGAUGGAAGUACUAGUUACCAUAUUAGAAGUGCGAUUAGAACAGGAAAUUGUUAAGAUUCCAUUCCUAAUUUUCCCUUACGCGACUAACAAUGAAACGUUGCUAGGCAUUGAUUUUCUUACUGCUGCUGGGGUAGAUAUUGAUUUCCUCGAGUUAGUAUGGUGUUUCAGUAGGAACCGCACGGUUCAGUAUAAACUAUGUUUCGAGCCUACUUCGCCCAGUGUAACCUGUGCUACCACAAACGUUCUUCGGGAUGACGAGGGAAGUCAUCUUACACCAGCUGAGCGUCAGGCGCUUGCUGGCGUCCUUACUAGGCACGCACACGUCUUCACACCAGGGGGAGCUCCAACCCCUUAUGCUGAGCAUCGGAUAGAAACAGGUGAGCACCCUCCUAUAGCAGUACAGAACGUGGUAGCCGACACGCUGAGUAGACCAGUCUGCUCCGGAGACUCUCGUGAGGACUGCGGAGUCUGCUCGGUUGUGGUUGACCUACCAACGAAAAACCCAGCAGAGUUGAGGCGCGAACAGCUCGCUGACCCCGAAGUGGAGAGGAUUGUCAAAGAAGUCGAGGGUUCUAACGAGGUGGCAUCUCGGCGAUGGACGGAGCGCGGCUACUUGAUGGAACAAGGGGUACUAUACAGGUACAACCCCGAUUCAGAUAGCGAGACUCCACAGCUCGUUAUACCCAUUAGUCUCAGAGCAGAGAUUCUGAAGGAGUGCCACGACUCGCCGGUAGCCGGACACCCUGGCGUCGAUCGUACGUACCAGAAGAUUGCCCAGCUGUACUACUUUACAGGUAUGCGGAGAAUAAUCACUGAUUAUGUCAAAGCCUGCAUACACUGUCAACGCUACAAAGCCAUAAAUACCAAGCCUCCAGGUCUUCUGCAAACACCGCUCAUGAACCAGCGCAAUGAAGUGCUGGCCAUGGAUUUAUUCGGUCCAUUGCCACUAGGAGACCAGGGGGAGAGGUGGAUUUUCCUUGUCGAGGACACUGCUACCCGGUGGACAGAGCUAUACGCACUUAAGGACGCCACCGCGGAAGCCUGUGCGGUGAUUCUCGUCGAGGAGUAUUUUAUGCGUUUUGGUCUACCUCGUCGAGUCAUUUCGGACAAUGGUGUUCAAUUCAUAUCCGCAGUUAUGCGUCAGUGCAUGGCAGCUCUAGGGAUAAAACAGAAUCUUGCCCCGUUAUAUCACCCAGAAGCUAACCCUGCGGAACGCAAGAACCGAGACAUGAAACCGAUGUUGGCACAGCUCGUGGAAGAAGACCACACUUCUUGGCCACGAAAAUUACCGGUGAUUCGGUUCGCCUUGAAUAGUGCAAGAUGCCGCACUACAGGGAAAUCACCUGCUUAUUUGACUUUCGGCAGGGAAAUGCGGUCACCCACAGAGGUCAUCCAUGACCUUCGUGCUAUCUUGGGUAAAGAUAACUUUGUCCCACAGAUAACUCCGUAUCUCCAAUCGUUUUUAAACUCGUUAUCAGGGAUUCGGGAACGUGUGGAGAUCCAACAAGAUAAAGCGAAGGAGUAUGCCGAUGCGUCGCGCCGGCCUUCAGAGGAAUUUGAGGUAGGUGACUUGGUCCUCCUUAAGUCGCAUCUGCUCAGUAACACGUUCAAGGAUGUAACUGCAAAGUUUCUCCCACGUCGCGAUGGACCGUACGUCAUAACAGAGAAGGUUAGCCCUACAACGUAUACAAUCGCUAGCACCGACCAACCUGAUAUUUCUCUCGGAAGAUACCACACUCAGGACCUUACUCGUUACCGAGGUAACGACGGCGAUACCCCAAGACCUGUUGUUCCUAAGAGGAAUCGUGGACGUCCACCUAAUACUGAUAGGAAUGAUAGGGUACUAGUCCAGGAGCGGGGGCGUUCUCCAGGACUAGAGGGGGAGCAUAUAGCAAACCGCGUAGAUGACACCAACGGUCAAACGUCUACCGCGUUCAAAUUACCCGCGCGCGCCUCUCGCGGACAACUCCCGGCGCGCUACACGGAGUAGAGCGAAAGCCAUCUAUCUCACUCUAACGUUAGGAGUAGUAAUGUCGUCCCGCUCCCGCGCAACAGCAUGGCGGCGGGUUCUGUCUUGUCGGUCGACACACUCUAUCGCGCUCUCGAUAAACUUGUUAAAAUAAUUAAUGUAAAACUGUAGAUUAACUGAUUAUUGGGCUUAAAUCUCUAAAUUGUGUGUAAAGUAACCUGUGAGUGUACGGAUUGUUGUGUUAGUGGUCAAAUAGACUGAUUCUAAACCUACACGUCUCUGUUAUUUCAUCAAUCCCUGAGAAACCCUCUCAUACGCUCAAA